UGGGCAGUGAUGUGGGUGCCCUCUGUUCAGCGUGCCACGUAUCUGCCCCUCCUAGCUUGCCCAGGAGUGCCGUUAGGAGUGCCACCGAGGACGUAGUUGAUACUCUAAAAGGAAGAUAAACCAGUCAAAUAUACGAAGAAAUCCUGCAAACGAGGAGACAGAGCCACAGAGGUUUGGUGGGACGAAGAAUAGCCUUUGGGACAACACUUUUGGCACCUUUUCAGUGUGUGUCAACGGGUAGCAAGUGUCAAAACCCGGCGGGCCACACCUCAGCGCCUUGCAGGAUGCUGGCGUCAGUGAGAUAUGCCUUCCUCCUUCUCCUGGCCAUCACCAUUACUUCUUGUGCCGAGGAUGAGGUGGUAGAGACCUUGACUGAGGCCCCCCCAACCACCACCACCUCCACUCCUGCCUCCUCGCACCCCAACAUCGCCUUCGACUUCUUGUACAAGGAGGGCGUGUCCAAGUACCUACAGGAGGAAUGGGAGGACUGCGUCAAUAACCUGAAGCUGGCACUGAAGGGAUGGCACUACUGGAACAACUACACCGCCAGGUGUCGAAGGAACUGUAGCCACGAGGCCAGCCUGGUGCCGCUGCUGUCCAAUCACUUGAAUGAGGAGGAUCGGUACUUUGAGCGCACGCUGCACAGCACACUCUGCCUCGUCAAGUGCAAACGGGACGCGUUUGGUUCCCAGUAUGACCGCACGUUUGAGAGCAACGUCAUUCAUGAUUUCAGGAUACGGAAGCCGUACGACUACCUGCAGCUGUGCUACUUCAAGCUGGGAAAGGUGAAGGAGGCUGCCGACGCCUCUGCAACAGUCCUGGCGGUGGAGCCGGACCACAAAGUAAUGAUAGACAACCUGAAGUACUACCUGGAGGAGGGGAACAUCAAGCCGGAUACCGUGGUGAACAUGGAACUGAAGCCCUAUGGAGAAGAGUACAUCCGGGGAACACUGGCUUACCAGGAUAACGACUUUGACCUCACCAUCACCCACAUGGAGAAGAGCCUCGAGCUGUUUUACGAGGAGUACGAGAACUGCCGCUUCCUCUGUGAGAGUCCCUUCGACCAGGGCUGGUUCCCGGACUUUGUAUCCUCCAUAGCCAACCACUUCACCUUCACCCUCCGCUGCAAGAGGAGGUGUUUCUGGCAGCUCAGCGACCUUUACGGGGAGAUUGACGACACCUUCCUGGCCUCACACUUUGACUACCUCCAGUACUCAUAUUUCCAGAAGGAGCAGACAGCAAAGGCGUGUGAAGCCGUCGCCUCAUUCCUCACCCUUUUGCCGGAUGAGGAGGUGCAGAACCGCAACAAAGAGUUCUACCUGGCACUGGAUGAGGUCACCGAAGACAUGUUUGUGCCGAGAAAGGAGGUUGUGGCCUUGAAGGAGCGCGAGGACUACGAGGAGAGUCUGCUGCAGCUGAUUGAAACAAACUUUGCCUUCCUGACAGACGAGUUUUGGGCAGAAGACGAUGAGGUAUCGCCAGCUGAUCAGGUUGGUGAAGGGGGAGGUGAGGUCUCUAACGCAACCACCACCACCACGGCCGCAGAGCUGGACGCAAGCUCUGUCAUUGUGGGCACUGUGGAGACUGUGAAUGAGGAUCUAUCUCAUAUAAUAAUAAUAACAAUAAUAGUAAUAAUGAUAACCACUAAGGGAUUUCCACCAUUCCAGCUCCAAAUCAAGGGAGUGUCCAAGGAGGUCCUGAGCUUCCGCAGCCGAGUGGUGGGUCAGCUGAAGAACCUGGCCAAGCUGGACAUCACGCUGGUGGAGGGGGAGUGGGGCGGCAAGGACAGGGUGGUGGCUGACGGCCUGGCCUCCACCCUCGAGUGUAUGGUGCUGACGGAGCUGACCAGGUUGGCGGCCGUGGAGGGGGAUGGUUACAAGCACGGCUACUCUCCCCACACCCCUGCCGAGGAAUUCCAGGGCAUCACGCUGGGCAGGGCCGGAUUGAUGGUUCAUGCCGGCCUCAUCGACAAGACGGCCCUGGAACUGAUCCUGAAGGUGACUGACCGCUGCAGGGACUACGUGGAGCGACACUUCCGUCUGUCUCGCCCGUUGUACUAUGCCUUCACCCACCUGGUCUGCCGCACCGCCAAGCCGGAGAUGAGCCACAACCGCUCCAGCACCGACCUGAGCCACGAGGUGCAUGUGGAUAACUGCAUUCUUCAGGACUCUGGGGAAUGCCUGCGAGUGCCUCCUGCCUACACCUACAGGGACUACAGUGCAAUCUUGUACCUGAAUGACGAGUUUGAGGGCGGCGAGUUUAUCUUCACACGGGACAAGUCAGGACUCACCUACGAGUCGCUGGUUCAACCCCAGUGCGGGCGGCUGGUGGGGUUCACAUCCGGCCCCGAGAAUCCCCAUGGUGUACGGCCAGUGUGGCGGGGGACGAGGUGUGCGCUGGGGCUCUGGUUCACACACGACGCCAAGCACAACGAGGUGGAGCGCACACUGGCAGCAAUGUUCUUGGAGAAGCUGAACGCUGCUGCCACUGAGGGGGAUAGGUAGACAUUAGGGAGGCAGUGGCGGUGGUAAUGGUUGUAGUUCUCUUUGUUUAGACAGUCAUACCUUGGUUUACGAGUUUGAUUUGUUUUUCCUUCGCACACCAAAAAACUCGUAAACCAAAAGGAACGCACACUGUAGUCCUGAAAACUCAAAGAUCGCACACUAGAGCAUGAACGUAAGCUGACACAAGGACGUGGGUGCUACCUCUGUGAGUGUACAGUGCGGACUGAGACCCCAUUCCCAUUGUUUUCCACUCUGAGCACUCUCGUCUUGCAGCAAACAAUGGGAACCCACGCUCACAUCUUCAACUUGUACUAACAGGAUGCUCAUACACCAAGUUGCCGCUCAUAAACCAAGGCAUUUUUAGUGAUUUUAUUUUGCUCUUAAAUCAAAACACUCGUAAAGUAAGACACUCGUAAACUAAGGUAUUACUGUAUUCGUAUUUGUAUUUACUUUGUGUGUUAUAGUCUGUUCACUCAAGUCUGACCCAAGCUGACAACAUAAACCUAAGCGUGUUCGUAAGCACAGUGCAGAUUACCAGAAAGUGCUGCGUGAGAUAAACACAAACAGAGGUUAAAGAAAACUUGGAAGCCAUAGCAGUAACCAAUCAGCACUCAGCUUGCAAACACGCUUAGGUUUAUGUUGUCAGCUUGGGUCGGACUUAAGUGAACAGACUUUAGUUAGUUAGGGGGCAGUGGUAGAGGGUAGUAGAAGUUCUCUUUUGUUUUUUUUACAGUGAAGGAAGCAGCUCAAGGGCAAAAAAUAAUAAAGGAAAAAAAGCCGGCUAGUCACUGCUCUAUAAAAUGAAGUAUAGAGGAGCUUGUUCUGUAUUUAUUUAUUUUUGUCUAUGUAUUCAUUGUUAUUUUGUGAGUUAGUUAGUUAGGGGAGGUAGUGGUAGUGGUAGUGGUAGUUCUGUUACAUCCACUUUUAUUUCUUCAUAUGUGUAUUCUUAUUUACUUAUAUUGUGUGCAAGGGGAAGAUCUAGGUAGAGGUUAGCAAAGGCAGAGACUGAGACUUUGGUUGUGUUGAUUUUUGCUUGUAUAUUUAUUCUCAUCAGAGAGAGAGAGAGAGAGAGAGAGAGAGAGAGAGAGAGAGAGAGAGAGAUUUACAUAGAUUUACAUAGAUAUUCAGACCACACCGACCCUAUGGAGAGAGAGAGAGAGAGAGAGAGAGAGAGAGAUUUAUAUAGAUAUUCAGACCACACAGACCCCAUGAGAGAGAGAGAGAGAGAGAGAGAGAGAGAGAUUUAUAUAGAUAUUCAGACCACACAGACCCCAUGUGAGAGAGAGAGAGAGAAACAAACAUACUCACUCACAUAGCUACAGAAAUAAUUAAUAAAGGAAAUUCUAUCUUUGUAAUUUUAUUUUGUAAGAUAAUUGAGAAUAAAAAAUAUACAUGAUUGCGUCUUGA